AGGAUGUGGGAAAGUUAACCCCCCCACCCUUCAUCUCUACCCCACAGUCCUGGACACGGCCGGGCAGGAGGAGUUCGGGGCCAUGCGGGAGCAGUACAUGCGGACGGGGGAGGGGUUCCUGCUCAUCUACGCCAUCAAUGACCGCGGCAGCUUCACCGAGAUCAGCAAGUUCCACACCCAGAUCCUGCGGGUCAAAGACCGGGACGACUUUCCCAUGAUCCUCGUGGGCAACAAGGCCGACCUGGACCUGCAGCGCCAGGUGCCCAAGGAGGAGGCGCUGGCCUUCGCCCAGGAGAAUCGCAUCCCCUACAUGGAAGCCUCGGCCAAGAUCCGCCUCAACGUAGACGAGUCCUUCCAUGAGGUCGUCCGAGCCAUCAGGAGGUUCCAGGAGCUGGAGACCCCCCCUGCUCCUACUGUGCACCCCCCAACUAAGGAGUCCAAUGGCUGCCCCUGCUGCAUCCUGUGAUGGGGGCCCCCCCACAAUCUUGCCCCCCCCCCAACACUCACCCAGCUGUGCAAGAUGGGGAGAGGGGCGGUAUAGUCCAUCAGUGUUUGUACAUAUCUAUAAAUAGGGGAGACAGAGGAUGGGGAGCCCAGGUGAUAUUUUGGGGGACAUAGAAAGGGGGUGGUUCCCCCCUGGUCUGUAGGGGUUGGGCAGUGGUCACCCUGCAUUAUGGGGUCAGGGGGUAGCAGCUCCCCUCAAAGAUGUGGGGUGGCAGGGUGGGAGCCCCAUGACAGACAGCUUGUGGCUGGAGAGUUUGUGGGGUCUCAGUCCAAGUGCCCCCCCAUGGGCACUUUGCCCCCCACCAUUGUACGGGGGUGGGGGCACCAAGCCGGGCCCCAUUUCAGUUGGGGAAAGGAGAAAUGUGAGACUCCCAUUAAGGUACCAUGGGUGGUGGAGGUGCCGCCCCCCCCCUCUGCAAGGAGGGGGGAGGUCCCCCAAAGGGUGGGGCCCUUUCCGAAAGGUUGGUCUUUUCUAUGCAAAACAAAGCUUUAUUGGGAGAGGGGACCCCGGCGUCCGGGGAGGGGGGGGACACGCUGCAUUCUGUAGCCCAAUCCUGCACAAGGAUUCGGGGGAGGGGGGGUGUCCUGUAUAAACAUGGCUAGUUACCUCACGGCUAUUUCUAGGCACUGCUUUGGCGGGGCGGGGGGCACAGCUCAUCUCCCUCCCAAGGGGAUGGGGGGGGGGCAGGGCAAACAGACUAGUCUGGGGUGGAGCAGAAGGAAUUCUGGGUAAGAUGCAGCAGGGAGGGGCAGUGGGGGGCAGUGAGGGCACAGAGGGAGGGAGUCAGUUCUACCCCUACCCGCCCCCCCACUAGCAGGGAGCUAGGAGCAAGUUUGGCUGCUUGGGGGCGGGGGGGUCGCCCCAUCUGUAAAUACCAAAGCCCCUCCCGCACCAAGCGCAGGUUGCAUUAAAGUGCCUUAAAGCCA